AUGUCUUUCCUUCAUAAUCAUUCUUGCGAGUGCGUUAAGUCAGAAUUGGAUUUGUUUGCACUACCGUCUACACAAACUAGCAUUGAAAAUGGAUUGUGGAUUCAUUAUAAACCAAUUUCAUCUCUUGGUGAUGAUGGACCUAUCGAGUUUCAAGUUCCUGGGACCGGCGAUGACUACAUAGAUUUGUCUCAUACAUUACUCCACAUAAAGGCAAAAGUAUUAAAUCAAGAUUCAACUAACUUGGUAUCUACUACAAUAGUAGCACCUGUAAAUAAUUGGCUGCAUUCACUUUUUAGUCAACUUGAUGUUUAUUUAAACCAAAAACUUGUAUCACCACCUAAUAAUACCUAUGCAUAUCGAGCAUACAUGGAAACCCUUUUAAACUAUGCCCCUGCUGCUAAACAAUCUCAUCUUACUUGUAGUCUUUGGUAUGAGGAUACAGCAGGAAAAAUGGAUUCUACAGAUGGUAAAAACAUAGGAUUUGUUAAAAGACAGGAAUUGAUUAGUGAAAGUAAGGAAAUAGAAAUGAUUGGUCAUCUUCACGGUGACAUUUUUAACCAAGAUAAAUUUUUAAUUAAUGGUGUUGACAUGAGUGUUAAAUUGGUUCGAUCAAGAGAGAGUUUUAAUUUAAUUGUUGGGUCGAACGAUGUAAAGUUUAAAGUUUGCAUUACGGACGCAACUCUUAUUGUGCGACGAGCACGAAUUAAUCCAAGUGUAUUACUCGCACAUCAAAAAGUUUUAGCUUCUACCACUGCUAAAUAUCCUAUUACUCGAGCUGAAGUAAAAGUUUUAACAAUUCCUUCAGGUGUUCAAGGAAAAACUCUUGAUAAUAUAUUUUUAGGACAGGUACCGAAAAGAUGUAUAAUUGGAUUUGUGAACAAUUCUGCAUUUAAUGGUUCCCUUACUAAAAAUCCAUUUAACUUUGAAAACUAUGGUAUUAAUUCUUUCAGCUUAUAUAUUGAUGGUCAACAAAUACCUUCAAAAGCUUUGCAACCAUCUUUUAAUAAUAGCAUAUUUACAUCAGCAUAUCAUACUCUAUUCUCGGGAACUGGUAUUCACUUUCUUAAUGAAGGAAAUGGAAUCUCUUGUGAACAGUAUGGCAAAGGUUACUGUCUAUUAGCAUUUGACUUAACUCCUGAUUUAUCAGCUAACUCAUCAACUCAUUGGAAUCUCAUAAAGCAUGGUAGUGUAAGAAUAGAAGUACGAUUUGAAUCCUCAUUAAUACAAACAAUUAACUGUAUAGUUUAUGCUGAGUUUGAUAAUAUUAUUGAGAUAGAUAAAAACAGAAAUGUUACUGUAGACUAUAGUAGUUAA